AUGGGGCAACCUGAUUAUGGGAGUGAGAAAUGGGAAAGAGAGAUGUUGUGGCAUAUUCAGUGGAAUACCAAAUUCCCCAACUCAUUCUCAUUCACUAAUCGCCCAAACUCCAACAAACCAAAAAUUGCUCCGCCCGCUCUCCUCCCUCUGCCCUCGUCGUGUGCCGCCGUCGGACACUCACUCGCCGGACCCCGCGCUAAUUUCAGUCGCGCCUCACCUCCGAAACUCUCAGUCUCUCAGUCGCCGGCCCUUUGCCAUUUCGAACGGGUUCAUCGCGGCGGGAUUUCAGACCUAUCUCGGCCGCACCGUGCCUUUGCCAUUUCAGACGACUCGAAGAUCUACAUUCCUCUAGUUAGACGAGUUUACCGGCAGCUUGCAAGGUACUCGAAAACUAGGCUUUUCUCUUCAGUGGAUAAAGGCACAGAUCACUGUUUUUUAAUUCCUUUCUUUGGCUGGGACCGAAUUCAUCGGGCAAUUGAUACCAAAAAUCAGCCAUUUCAAAAGGAGCAAGCCAAUCCUCUGAUUUAG